CACCGAUGAUGUGCUGGGGCUGAGAUUGGAGGGGGAAAAGAAGAAAAAGAGAGAAAAAAAUCCACCAUUUCCGACGCGUCUGUCCAAAUCCUGGGACUCCGCGCAGACGCGCCGGCGAAACUGCCACGCGACCAUGACCGAUGCAUUGAUAGACGGGGACUCUCCCCUGUCCAUUGCCGCCAACGUGGCCGGCAUAUUGACAUUCAUAGUCGCCGUCGCCGCCGCCGUGUACGUGCGGCUUUCCUACUUGCGCAAUAGUGACGAUGAGUAUUUCAAGGUCAAGGCAUCGCUGUCAUGGUACAAAACCGAGACGACGUGGAUGAACGAGCUCGUGCGCGCUGCGGGAGACAUGGACAGACCGGGUUUCGGCAUGAGCGCUGCUCAGUACAGGCAGACGACCGAGUACCAGAUGUACACCUUCGUCAUGGACGACCUGGUCAAGCUGGAGGAGCGCCUCUUGGACCUGGUGGCCGAGACCGAGGAGCGCGCCGGAAGCGACGACGGGAAAAACCCAGGGACGAGAUGGACGCUCGUUCCUCGGAGUUGGGGGUGGACGAGAACCAGGACGACUGUUGCCAUGGCGUGGUUACCCGUCCGGGCAAAGGCGCUGGAGCUGGUGAGGCAGAGAGACGCGCUCACUGCCCGCGUGCUCUUCACACAGACGAGCAUGAUCUCCUCACGCAUCAGAGAUCUAGAACACCAAGCCAGUUGGCGAGAAGCCCGAUCCGAGGAGAAUUUGAAGCGGUUGGAGGAUAUGAUCUAUGACCAGCAGGCCGAGAUCCGUGGCCUUGAAGAUCUAGUGCGUCGCAUCAUGCACAGGGACCGAGUCAGCGGGAGGACGUUGGAUGGAGACGCAGCGUCUGCAUUGUCGAAAUCACAAAAACCGCCAAGUGAUUACGUCUUUCAGGCCAGCAGUGGCAAUGCCGCCAAAGCUCCCUACGAGUCCAGAAGGAUGAGCACGCCAACAGUGAGACGGAGGUCGCGGUGACAGAGAACCACGCGCUGCUUAUUACUUAAAACCAUACUCUCCCUGCCACAGGAACAAUGCCGCAGACCCCACG